AUGAGAACAUCCAAAGAGAUUCCAUCCACCCUGUUCCCAUUAAUAGAACACUGCCUUAACUCCACCUAUUUCCGGUUCGAAGGAGAAUUCUACGAACAAACCACGGGAGCAGCAAUGGGAUCCCCGAUAUCACCCAUCAUCGCAAACAUCUUUAUGGAACACUUCGAGAAUGAAAUCCUGAAGAAGGCCCCACUAAAACCCUCCAAAUGGUUCCGGUACGUGGACGACACCGUCGUCAUCUGGAACCACGGAAGGGAAACUCUACCUCAUUUCCUCACUUUCAUUAACUCCCAACAUCCCAACAUCCAAUUCACAAUGGAGACCGAACAGAAUUCCCAAAUCCCCUUCCUGGAUGUCCUGGUCCGUAGGAACGAAGACGGCACCCUAAGCCACAACGUCUACCGCAAACCAACACACACGGACCGAUACCUCCACGCAAACUCCCACCAUCACCCCGCCCAAAAGAAUUCGGUAAUCAGCUCUCUAGUCCACAGAGCACUCUCCAUUUCGAAACCAGCCGCCCUGAACGGAGAGCUAAACCACCUUCACCGAACCCUGACCAGGAACGGAUACAGCAGCAGAAACAUCAACCUUACCAUCAAGAAGCUGACCAACAUGGAAUCCGGCCAGAACAACAACACGACGCCAGAGACAGAGAAAGAGAAGAUUAAGGCAGUAGUACUCCCAUACGUCAGAGGCACAACGGACCGCAUCAGCAGAAUUCUGAGCAAACACAACAUCAAAGCGAUCUUCAAACCUUGCAACAAGCUCUCAGAAAUGCUCCCCAAUCCCAAGGACCGGAGACCCCCUUUGACAGCCCCAGGGGUUUACAAGGUCCCAUGUUCCUGCGGCAAAGCGUACAUAGGAGAAACCGGGAGGAAGAUUAGUACACGAAUCAAAGAACACCAGCGAUGUACCAAAUACGGCCACUUCUCACAAUCAGCUCUAGCCGAACACAAGAUCGAGACCGGACACGCCAUCCAGACGAAUCGAGAGUAUGCUUGA